UGACUACACUAAUAAGACACGGCUUAUUAUACAGACCGUUUUAAAUUGGAAAAAUGCAUUCCACUGUAUUCAUUCAAAGCAAAAAUAAAUGCACGCAACACACUAAGAUGAUUGUAGGUUUCUUCUGCAUCGGGCAUGAAUUUGUCUUGCAUCAUGUUAUAAAGAACAAAUCUAAUGGAGCAGCAAAGGUCUUGUUGUGGUGUGAUUUUCAGAAAAUUCGGGAUGACUUCGUGAUCUCUACAUUGAGAUAACAAGAAAAUCUUCUAGUUUUAGAUUUGUGCACUGGAUGUCAUCGCCACGUAAUUUUUCAAAGAAACUUCCGCAAGCUGUAGAACUUAUAGGUAAACUCAUUCUGGAUUUCUCCUGCGUCAUGUAUUGACACUGUUUCGCUGACAUUUUACCGAACAUGGUGGUGGCUUCUUCAGAUUGGUCAAACAUCAGCAAGACAGAGAACACACAAAAAGUCCAGAACCCCCAUAAGUUACUUCGAAAAACUAAAUCAUUAGAAAUUUUCAAAAAUGGUAUUUAAGUUAAGAUACCUGUUCGAUAUUAUUUUCUAAAAACAUAAUCUAGUAGCCUGGUUCAAGCUUCAAAGUUAACUACGAUAUUUACUAGUCAAAUAAGAGCAUAGACAGUCUUCUUAAAUAUUUGCGUCAUUGAACAAUUCAAGAAGAAGCGUUAAACGUGACGAGAAUCAAUAUAAUUUAAACGAUUAAAGAAAUUAACGCGGUUUCAAGUGAAAGUGCCAAUUUAACAAGUACCUUGUUUAUCUAAACAGAUAUACGGGGUUGUUCGCCAUUUAAUACAACAUUUUAUGUAUAAAUUAUUUCACACAUCAACAGAAACCAGGCAACAGCGCACUACGAGUAUUAAUGUUACUUUGACAGUGGCACGUAAUGGGAGCGAGUAAUUUUUUCAUUAAAUGUUCUCACUUUCACUCGUUAAAAAUAUUUACGUAUUCCUGCUUGUUGCCGUCGUUGAGGUAAAACAUAUUUUAUUGACUUAACUUGAAUCUCAAGUUUUAAAAUAUAGAAUCAUGAAUACAUAUUUUCAGUAUUUCACAUUAUCAUCGAGAAUAUUUCACUACGACUUUGAGUAUAGCGCAGACAAAAACUUCCUAGAAGUAUUAAAAAAAAUGGCAAAUCUUGUCCUAAAAUUGGAAUAAAUAAUCAACAAAAUUUUAGAGACGCGCAAGGGGACAUUUACGUUUCAUUGUGUUGCACUAUUCGUAUCGAGGCGGAAAUAUUUGGAGCGCAAAAUUAUAGAAAGAAAACUUGCUACAAAAAAGUAUUUAACUAUCUUAAAAAUAAAAGAAUUUAAGAAGAAUGACAAGUCACUCGAACAAUCAUAAUCAAUAAAACCGCAAAACGAGAGAUACAGAAACUGCUAUCUAUCAUGGAUGUUAUUUCAUAACAAGAUAACACUUGGACAUCAAAAGACGUAUGCAAAAAAGUGAACAGGACUCAUUAGAAUUAGACCAAUAUAUGUGGGUCGCAGGACCUUAACCGAUUCAUUAAAGCAGUUUUUUAUAUAUAUUAAAAAGCGUCUUCGUUUCUCCGAAAGCGCUGAAAAACCACCAAGAAUAAAUUAUGGGUUUUACUUUAAUAAGACAGAAUUUCUGAAAAAUAAGUCAGAAUUUCUAACAUAAGAAUAUCGAAAGGAACAGUGCCAAUUGAAAACAUAAACUAGGUUUUUUAAACUAUAACCUAUAUUUUCAACGCUUUGGUACACUUUUUUCUCACACAUUGUUGACACAUUUUUGGGGUUGGAUUUAGUUAAGUGUGCAUUAGGCACCAUUUUUAAAUAUUAACUGGAAUAGUUUAGGAAGCAUUUUAAUGGUCUAGCAAAGGAAAAAUCUCCUCUAGCCUAAAUCUCAGUGGAAAAAGCCCUUUAUCCUGUAAACUUUUAUGUAGCCCUAAAACGAGAGAACAGAUGACACCGGUACGGAAAAGAAAGUGCCCCCGUAGAGAGCGACGGGUUGAUUAAAAACCAAUGCAUCUCUUUUUGAAUAAAUCGAUCCCUAUAUACAGUGAAAGUUUUGAAUAUCGACGGCCGGGCGCGAGCUGCGGAAGUCGUCUUCUUCGCAUCUGCCCAUAUAUCGACUCGUUUCACGUCGCUCGCCGACCGAGAUGCAAAGUCGAUUUCGCGCGUCAACACGGAUUUCUUUUCUCGACGCGCGUCCCGCGACGAUGACCUUGGGAAAGUCGCGUCCAAAUUUACAAUCGGAAUUAGUAAAAAAAAAGCGAAUGUUGCGUUUCAACGGUCCCACAAUAUACUUUCUCCUAAAGUGAAGUUCACGCGCGGCCUUUUGUUUUUCCACCGAGCACGCCAUACGAAUUAUUUCUACCUGGCAAAACAAUCUCGAUACUCGUCGCAUGUCCGAAUCCGAAUGACGCUGCAUACAAAUCGAUAGGGUUCGGGUCCUAAACGUAACGAUCAUAUAUCAACUAUAACGACUCGCCCGUUUAUUGGCUUUAAAAAAAUCAAAAACAUUGGUUUGUAUUUACGUAGACAAGUAACAAUGUAUGUAUAUUAAGGCAUUCUUAAAUAAAACAAACGAGCAUUACAGGAAUGCUCCAUUUCCGAUGGCUGUGAGUUUGGAAAUCAAUGCCUGACAGAUUUAUGACAUCUAACUUAUCAUUUUUUACGGUUAUUGUUACUUUAGUACAAAAAUUACAAUAAUGCAGAAAAUACUAUUAGCAAAUGGAACAAAUGAAAAAGAUAAUUUACUGUUACAUUAAUUGCCCAACUAACGGUCCCCAAAUUUUCAAAUUCUUCUAUUAUUUUUUUCAAAUGUUUCAAAUAUAAUAAUAUAACACCGUUAUAGAACAAUAUACCGGGUUAGUAAAAAGUAUCGGAACGCUUAAAUACUUCCAAAACUGCCAAAGCUGGAACGAUAAAAAAUACCUGGGGGUUUUUACACAUACAAAAUUCAAAUAUGAAAACAGCAAUAUUGUUAGAUUUGUCAUUUCCACGUUGCACGUCAUAAUUUUCUUGCUCUAUUUACUUUUGUUUGUUUUGUUUUGUUUCUAUCGCUUAGUGAGCUACGGCAGUAAAAAGUAUCGGAACCAGGGCUGGGCUGAUUUUAAUUUUGUUUUUUUUUAAUUUGAAAUCAUAACUUAAAUCAAACUCCUAUUUUUUGUUAUCUUUUUUUUUAUUGAGACCAACACAAAAAGCACAACGUAAAAAUAUUUUCAACAAUAAAAAGUAAACACAACUCUUUUCAAAAAUUAGUUAAAUAACAUAAUAACGUACACUUUAUGCUUCUGCAUUUUCGUUGUAUAGUUUGAACAAAAAUACUAAUUUUCCCCCUUUUUCUAUCCCAAUCCUAUUCCUUAUGCCUGAGUGUACACAACCAAAAGUGAUGCUAGUGAGGAAGCAGAUGCACACAGGCACAGUUUGAUUAUUGGUUCAACUUUUACUAAUUACUAAUGGCAAAAGUCCAGUGUUUCCAUAUAAAUUAUUUAUUGUUUCUAAAGGCAGAUUAUUUUGUUCUUGUGUUUACUCAUAUUUUUGCUUUUGAGGGUUCAACAUAUCGGCUAUAAAACGAUAUGGCGUAUUUUUGAUAAAGGUAAUUCUACAACAUUCAAGAAAAUAUAUUGUAACUGUUUCCACUGCUGCACAGCAUCUGAGAUAGUAGCGUUUUCCUCUGCAAAAUAUCAAGAGCCACCGAUAUUGCUCUUAAAAUGCUUAAAUAUUCUGGGUGCUGUAUGUUUAUGUCCAAUAUUUCACACCUUUUGGUAGAUGGUCGAAUCAAUUUGGUUUUUGUUUUCUUCACAGAUUUUUCAUAAUAUAUUCCACUGAGUGACGUACACCAUUAGACCAAUCAGCAACGUAUCACACAUCACUUGGAAAGCUUUGUAUUGACUGAAUUUCGCUUUAGCUAGAUGAUUAUCGCGAAAAUACUUAACGAUUUGUUCUGACAGAGAAGAAAAACGUUUUGCCUUUUCCUCCUCACAGAUGUCAUCUAUAGGGCUUGUUGAUAAUAUUUUUCUUGGUGGCGGCUUAUAGCCAGGUCAUAAUAAGUGAAUAGCUUUUUUUACUUCAGAGUUUUCAAUGCAUCGAAAACUCGAACUAGUAGCAAAAAUUUUAAUUUUAAUUUUAUCGUUCCAGCUGUGGCAGAGUUUUGGAGAUAUUUAAGCGUACUGGUACUUUUUACUGAAGAAGCGGUGUUGCCGUAGCUCAGUAAUUAAUAAAAACAGAAUUUUAAAACAAGCCCUUGCGAAAAUUGUAAAUGCAUAAUUAAUUGCAACAAAAAUAAAUAGGGCAUUAAAAUAAGAAAGUUAUUUGCCUACGAAAAUACAUGCAUCCUGUAGAUAUAACAAAAUAACAUCGUAAAAGCAUACAUGAAUUCAAAAACUUUUUUUGUGUUUAAGUUUUUCUUUAUGUUGUACAGGUUCUGAGAUAAGGUGUGAUAAAACAUAAAACACAAAAAUGCAUUUCAAACGAACAUUCAUUUAUUUAAACGCUGGGUUAAUUUUUAAGGCAACAUUAAUAAAAUUAGUUUUUAAUCUAAUUAUGAGGAAAUGCUGCUUUUUAUUUUAACAGUUAGUUUUUCGGUCAAUUCGGUUUCGCGGCAUUCGGGUGACAUGGAAUAACAUUACACUCAUUAUAAAAGAAAAUAAUUACGAAAAAUAAAAUAUUGAUUCCGACAGUGGGGAAAGUGCCGCCGGAAAAUAAAUUAUUCUCUUUUAAUCUAAACGAAAAAUGUGAAAUACUACUUUUAUUAUCAGCGACGCUUCAAAAGCUUGCACAUAAUACCUCGUUGUUCCUUUGUAUUGCCUAUAAUUGCCACGCAUUUCCAUAAAUUGCCUAAUAUUUUCCCGUACUCGCAGCCUCGCAAUUUCGCGUACUACUUUAUACUUUAAAUGGUCACACACAACUCCGACAAUCUUACGAUUUGACCUAUACUACCCUCAAACAAAUAUCUCAUACUGAUUCCUAUGUCCACCGAAUUACCCAAAUAAUUUAGUCUGUACUGCCUGGAUACGAGACAGCGUACUGCCUAGCAGUUUUGCCUAAUUCAUAUAGUCCAAUAUUGGUCCGAUUUAACCCAUACUGCCCCUAACGAAUACCCCCUACUGUCUCGUAUGUCCCGCGUAUUACCACUACAAUUUAACCCGUACUGCCUUGUCAUGAGACCCCAUUCUGGCUCGCAGUUUUGCAUUCUAAGAAAAACUACCCAAUUAUUUAGCCCAUACUGCCACGAAACAAAUAAAUUUUAUUAUUAUAUUAUACGCGCAGUAAACAAAAUGUUACGAAACGCGGCCAAUUUUUUCAAUGCGCCCACCGAAGAAAGCGGCGUGUGCUGGACAGCGACCGCUCCCGCGUUUUGAUCAUUUAGAAAGAGACAUUAACCGUAUGGUACCAAGCCGAUUUCUUGUCAGAAGUGCGCCAACACGCGUACGCACGGUACCGUUGAACGGUCGUACCGCGAUGAAGUGGUCGAGUAUACUCGUGAUGCUUGUGUUUGGGGUAGCUUUUGGGUCUCGCGCCAUCCCCGACGACAUCGGCGGCGGGGGCGCGGUCACGGAGGCGCCCUCUCGUUCGGUCAAAGACUUGCCACCAAUCGACAUACAAAAUAUCGCGGAACACCGCCAAUACGUCGAGAGGCCAGCGCCGAAAAGAAGAAGACUUCGUAAACGCAAAAAAAAACCGCCGCCCACCGUGACGACGGAAGAACCCGAGGAAAUCGCCACGUUGCCGCUACAACCCGAUGACGAACAGUCCAAUUACGACCUCAAAUCGAUCCUCAAACGAAACGGCGGUCUGAGCCUGAGCGAGAUCCUCCAGAAAAAAAACCUGACGCUCGUCGAACUACUGCGUGGCAACAAAAAAGCGAUCUCCGCGCUGACUGCGCCCAUCGACCGCAACUACGAUUCAUCCGAGCAGACAACGUCGUCGCCAGAACUUGCAACCGAACGUAGGAUAUUCGUGCCGUACCACCCCAUAUAUUACACGUCGGUAGACGUCAAGCUGCCGCCGUUCGAGGUGUCUUCGACGACGACCUCCACAGCGAAACCGCAACCUCGUCGAAAAACUAAACCGCCGAAAAUCGACGCCGCCGGCGACAUCUACCGAUACAACGGCGCGAACGACACGGACCACGGCCCGUUGAAAUUAUCGAUCGGGUUUGAAGAGGUUAGGACGCAACCGACGACGACGGCGACGAAGGAAAACGAGAAAAUAAAACCGUUAACGGCGAGGGACGAGAUAAUGUCGAUUAUGGAGCGACCAGACGAGCGCGAUCGGAUACUGCGUGUCCUGCAGCUCAGAAACAUGACGGUCGAGGAACUGAUCGAGCAGAGAGAGCGCGGCUCGAGCCAGAUCCAUCUCGCCGACAUUUUUCACAACGACGACAAGGAACCAGAACCCGACGUGGUGCACGUAGUGUCAGAGACUGGGGUCGACUUCGAGACGAUGAUGGCGGAAGAGACGGGCGACCUUCCGGCGUUAAACAGGCGCCAAAAGAUACCGCAGUCAGUCACGAUCGUAACGACUACAAGCUUUCCGUCAGUAAAAAUCGAAACCGUAAAGGGGACCGCCGAAAUUUACGCAGAUACAUUUCGUUACGGCGACGAUGCAGAAAUGGUGAUUUUAGAGAGUAACCUAUUGGAAGCAGACCGCAACCUCGACAAUACGGAGGCUAAAUUGUACUUGACGAGUGAGCAGCUCCAACUAGACGACGAAACGUACGUGUAUUUGCCGUCGGGGGUAAAGUCUGCCGUUUUGGCCAGUAUGGCGAUCGCGGGACUAUCAGUGCUGGUGUUUCUCGCGGUUAUGUUUGGGUUCCGCUGGGCCGGAGUCAAGACGGUAAAUUACCGGUGGGGCGACAAGACGGGCGCGACACCAUUUUUCGAAACGCAGCGGCGGAACAUAAAACAUUUUGUAGUGGGAACGUUGGGGAAGAGUUACUGCAAGAGCCCCGCGCACAGGCCCAACGCGUGGCAGAGCAAAGCGCAGCAACCAUUUUAGAUUAUGAAUGUUAUUUAUUAACACACAUCCGAACACGCCAAAAAGAAAAUUGAGAAAUCAGAAAAUAUUCAGAGAAAAAACAGUGUCUGAUAUUCUGAACAAUUCUGCCAAAUUAAAAACAGUGGACCAAAAUUAAUUAACCCACAAUUUUAAUUAAUUGUUUUUGCAAUACCAUGAUUGUAGAAACAUUUAUUUAAAUGUUAAAAAUUUUGUUGAAACUAUAUUGAAACUUCGAAUUUUGUUGGCAAUAUCGGUCAUCGAAAAAUAACUGUCUGUAAUUGUGAAGAGUGUCUUCACUGGUCAACAAAAAAACAACUACGACUCAUUCAUGGUCCCAAGACAUAUUUAUUUAUUAAAACUUCAUGAGUUUUGAAAACAUGUUUGAAUUUUUCGCAAGUUUUUUUUUAGAGUGUGUAUGUGUGUGUGACGCCAUUGUUAUAUAUUUAUUUAUUGACAUACCCAAAGAUUAUUUAAAACAUGUUAUAGGAGAAAUAAAAAGUUAUUAUUUUA